AUGAUGAAAGCAAUUGACACGGGUAAGGUCGCACUACCUGAUCAUGGUGUGUCCCGUAAUAUGAUUUGUCUUGCGAUCGAAGUCUAUAAUGAAUGGCCAAUCAAUGCAGUCGAACAUCUAUCGACAUUGAUCGAUCUUUCACGAAUUCAAGAAGUUUGGCUGCUGGAAAAGUUGAAUGGUAAAUUGGAACCUAACAGAAUCAAACGUCUUUUGCAAGAAGCAUCGAAUAUUCGAAUGCUCGGUCUAUCAUUUAACGACGAUUUCGAAUCGAAAAUAGCCAAUAUUGGUCCAAUAGUAUCACGUCGAAUUGAUCAUCUCAAAUUGCACGUGGCGAGUGUCGAUUGUAUGAGAUUAACUUUGAAAUAUGUUCGAGAUAUUUCUACAAUCACAUUUGAACAACGCAAUCAUGAAACAGCUCUGUUAUCGGAUAUGAUCGAAUGGCUUGUGAGAAAACGAUGGCGCUUCACCGUACAUAAUAACCAUAAAUGUGUUCAAAUACGGCUUGAUGAAGAUAUACGCGAGUUAUCCAGAAUGAAACGAGGUCAUAAACGGAAACGAUCAACUUGA